AACUUCCUCAACUCUUCUUUUGUUUGUUGUACAAAACAUUUCCGCAACGUUACAUUGCCCAUAAACAUUCCACAUGCACAACGACCCUCAAUUGUAGUUUUUUCCAACAGUUAAUACCCCCAUACCCCACACACAAACAAACACACUUUCCUUCCAUUUAAUGCCUGAACACGACGAAUCUACAUCUCCACAACAAUACAGGAUGACCAACCUCGAAAAGGAAACUGAAGACAAUGGUGCCCAUUCCCUCGCAUCCUCUACCGCUCCUGUCCACCAAUCGAAAACUCGGGACAGCACUUCUAUACCCUCCGACUCAUCGAGUGAUACCUCUUCCGAACAGAAUUACCAUAGUUCCAUCCCUCAAUUCUUUGUUCUUCCUCAUCUCUUGAAGAAGAGCGCAUGGCUCCUCUUGGUUGCCACCUCCGCUGUCAUCCUUGUCUACAUUUGGCUCUAUCUCGGAUCCCUCUGGUCACCUCUGAGCCGUGUCAAGAAUGUGGAGAUCAUCCUCUACAACGCUGAUACUGGCUUCGACUAUUCUCAAACUCCUCCUCAACUCAUUCCUCUCUUUCAAUCCAUUACUCAGAACCAAUCUCUCGGUAACAUCGUUCAUGGUCAAAUCAUGAACCCUGAAGGUCAAUUGAGCCAGAUGGUUUCAUGGAUCGACAAGUCCAAAGAGACUGGUUGGGAUCGCGAAUCUUUGAUUAAGCAGGUGGAAGAUGGUGAGGUCUGGGGGCUUUUGUAUAUCCCUGCAAACUUUUCCAACAACCUGUUAUCGUAUGCACCCUCCACUUCAACUGGUCCAGCAACAGCUGCCACGCUCAAAAUGGUAGAUAUGGAAUACGUAUUCGAUCAGGGACGCAACUAUGGUACUCAUUCGAUCAUUGAAAAAUAUAUCUCAAAGUCCAUGGAUCUCUUGUCAAAGACCUUUGAGAGGCAACUCUUGACUUCCCCUGCCAACCAGACCUUACUCCAGACCAUGCAUCCUAUCUUUUGGACUCAAUCUAUCCACAUGACUGAAACCAUCAUGAGCCCUGUUUUGGUUUAUGGCCAAAACUUCGCCACUUACAUUGUGUUUAUCGUCUUGUACAUCGGCUCCAUCCUUGCAGUUUUCAGUAUUUGUAAAUAUCUGCCCAAUACUAUCGAGACUGUUGGUGUGUUGACCUUUGGAUCCAAUGAGGCUGGCAAGAAUGCCAUCAGAACAUCCUCUCAAAUCCCCAAAUUUCCUGCUCUCCGCAUCGUCAUGGCCCGUCACACAGUUGCGAUGUUGUUCUCACUCGUUCAUACGAUCCUUAUCUGGAUGGUCCCUCAAGUCUUGCACGGUCAUCAGAUGUCUGAACAUUUCAAUGCUGGGAUCGCUUUUGCCUUUAUCUGGUUCGUGGGCAUGUCCUUCAUCUCCAUCUUGUUCUUCCUCUCUCAUCUCUUGACCGUCGAUGGAUUCCAAGCUCCUGCUACCAUGUUAUUGAUCUUGAUGCUCACAUCUUCAUCUGGUAUCCUUGAUUGGGUCGUCAUGCCUGGUUUCUUCCGUAUCGGUAUCGUCUUCCCAUUCACCUAUGCUAUCCGAGGUUUGCGAUGCAUUUACUUUGGUUCCAUGAGAAACCAGAUGUGGAUCAACUGGUUGGUCAUCUUGGCUUGGAUCGUCAUCCCUGGUAUGAUCACCAUGAUCAUGGCUCGCUCAGAGAUCCGUCUAAGACGUCAAAACAUGCGUCGUACUCACAGCAUCCAGGUUUAAGAAACGGAAAACAAAAAACGUUGUGUGAUCAAUAUUUCUGUAGAUAUACCAUUAUAAUAUAUACGGACAGUGUCCCCAUCAUUAAUCAACAUGAAG